AUGGCCCUCAUAUCGAGCACGACGGCCAGUAAACUUGUCAAAGUACUAGCCGAGAGCGAGAAAGACACGACAUCUCUCGAUCCAGACUACCUCGUCAAAUGGGACGAAAAUGAUGUAGCGAAUCCCCAGAAUUGGACCACCAAGUAUAAAUGGUGGGUGACUUUCCAACUGGGCAUGCUUGCUCUCGCCGGUAGUCUGGGGUCAAGCAUCACCACGCCGGCCGAUGAGACCAUCGCCAGGUAUACCGGCGUGAGCGACGAGGUUGCCGUUCUAGACGUAUCUCUGUAUCUUCUUGGUUUCGUCUUCGGGCCUAUUAUCUGGGCCCCGCUCUCAGAGAUCUGGGGCCGAAGAGUCAGUAUCCUCCCUGCCGUCUUUUGUCUAGGGCUCUUCUCCAUCGGCACAGGCGUAAGCACAACCGCGACGUCAGUGUUCGUAACGCGCUUCUUCGCUGGCUUUUUCGGCUCCGCUCCCAUCAGCAAUGCCACCGCCGCCCUCGGUGAGAUUUGGAGCAAAGAGACACGAGGCACGGCAAUUAGUCUUUACGCAGUGGCAGUGAACGGCGGCCCAGCUCUAGGGCCCGUAAUUGGCGCUGCCAUCGUGCUGAAUCCCGAUAUGGGCUGGCGCUGGACCGCGUACAUCCAUGCUAUUUGGGUCUUUGUCAUUUUCGCCGUCACCUUCUUUUGUCUGCCGGAGGGAUAUCCGUUAGUGCUGCUCAAGCGGAAAGCGCAGCGACUCCGAGAAGAGACGAAUGAUGCGAGGUAUUGGCAUCCACACGAACAUCUGAAACUUGAUGUCAAGUCCAUUCUCACGAAGCAGCUCGCUCGUCCAUUGAAGAUGUUGUGUACUGAGCCGAUUGUGACCUGCAUUGCAUUUUAUGCUGCCUUUGUUUACGGGGUGAUGUACCUAACGCUAGAGGUAUUCCCCCUCGCCUUUCAAGAAGCUCGAGGGUGGAACCGACUUGUCGGGUCUUUGCCGUUCCUGGCCUUGUUGAUUGGUGUGGUAUCCUCGGUGGGACUCAAUAUCUGGAACCAAUACCGCUAUAACCGUAUAUCGCUCGAGGCGAAUGGCAAAGUAGUUCCCGAGGCUCGACUGGCGCCCAUGGCUAUUGGGGCGGUAUUCUUUGUCGUUGGACUGUUUUGGUUUGCCUGGACGGCCGAGCCACCUCACCACUGGAUUCUACCCUGUUUGGCAGCAAUGUUUAUUGGUGUUGGGUUCAACUGCAUUUUCCAACAGUGUUUGAACUUCCUCAUUGAUGUGUAUAAGCUAUAUGCUGCUAGCUCGACGGCGGCUGUUACUUUUCUUCGAAGUUUGCUGGCUGCGGGGCUUCCGUUGGCCGCAAAACCGAUGAUCAGGGCUCUGGGCAUAGGGCCUGCUGUUUCUAUUGUUGGGGCUGUGGCUGCGGUUCUGCUGCCAGUACCCUUUUUGUUCAUGAAGUAUGGACCAAAGCUGCGAGGAUUAUCAAAGCUCGCGCCUGAGGAUGUAUAG